AUGUUUAUAACGACUUUGCUCAAUGUUUUGUGGACUGCAAGCACCUCGACCCGAGACCAGGUACUCCCCGUGCUAAGGGUCUUACAUUCGUCCGUUAAUUCGGGUCGCAAACAUAUCGGCCAGGACAGUGCCCUGGCCACUUCUCGGCCCAGCACCAUACUUUCAUUGAAAAAACGUGUUUCUUGCACAAUCAACCAUCGAAAUGCCAAAUCGUAA